CUGUACUGAGGGAAAGUGACCCACACAACCGGAUGUUUAUAGACGUAAUAUUUACGCGACGGGCCUCCACUGACGGAGAUGGGUGAGUCUCCUUUGGUGGUUUUUGAACAUUGACGUAUUUUGGUCAAAAUUGCGGGUUUCGUUUACUGCUGACUCUCUCGUUUGUCCCGCAAAAAACUGCGGUGAUUGCGGGAGCUCGGCUCUGACGUCACGUCUGUGGGAAAACGUGCAACGUUUCUGACCGCUGCGUUGCUCCGACGGCUGAUGCGGUGAAUCAAUGUAACCGGACUCGCUCGGCCUCCAAAACCAACCCUUGGGGUCCGAACCUCGACGGUUAGUCCGGUUUGUUGGCUCCGCUGUUAGCUUUAGCAUCGUUAGCUCCCGUCCUAAAACAAUGACGUCGAGGCGGGCAGGCUUCGGCGCGGACUCCUCUCCCCGCAAACAGAGCAUCUCCGACCGUGUCGAGGCGUGUUUCGACCGCAAAGCAGACAAAUACCCCCAGAGCAGCGUGACGGUCACGUCGCUGAAAUCCCGCCUGGCUCCGACCAUCCAGACCGCUAUGUCCGCCGCCGUGGACACGCUGCUGGGGGAGGUAGUGGUGGUGCUGAGCGAGACCCAGCAGGAGCUGUUUCACAAGGAGCAGGAGAACGAACGGCUCAAAGUGCGGCUGGAGGUGUCGGAGAGGGAGCUGAAGAACCUGCAGGAGUGUCUCUGCAGCGCUCAGAAGCUGAUCGAUCAGCUCCAGGUCUCGUUCCCGGGACCUCAGGCCGUCAGUCAGUCCGUUUUCGCGCCUUCCUUGUCCUCCAUGGCUUCCAUGACCUCAGGCUUGGACCGGGACCAACAGAACCCCAGGGGUGUGAAUGGAGCCGGUGUGGAUUUGGGUCUGGGGGGCUCCGUGGAGGAAUCUCUGCACGGGUUCGAGCACAGAGAUGAUUUCAAAAUGUGCCAGCUCUCCAUCCAGCCGGAUGGUUCCGUCACCAACCACACUCUGGACUCCUUUGGGUCUCCUCAUCUGUGCCCCGACUCCAGCAGACCAGAGGAGAGGCAGCCUCAGGGACCAGGGGGACCACAUCGAUUUGAGAUCAAGGAGGAGCAGGGCCCUUCUCCUGGUCAGCCCAGCAAAAGGGAAGCUGGGCUCUCCAGUGAAGGCAGAGAUGUGGAAAGGUCAUCGUUGACCAUGGGGGACAUAAAUUAUGCUCAGGGUGGAGGGACUCACCCACUGCGUCACCAGAGAGCUGUGCGAGGGUGUGGAAGUUCCUUACAGCAGGGCAGACCUGAUGGACCGCAGAAACCGCUACCCAGGACUUCUGUAAGCAGGAGCUCGCCAGGCAGAGCGGAGGACUCCGCGGGUCCGUCUGCACCCGACACUGCGGGGGAACCCCCCGGAGACCGUCCCCACCACUGUCUGGAGUGCGGAAAGACCUUCCGCCUGAUUUCCAGCCUGAAGAAGCACAUCCGGAUCCACACCGGAGAGAAGCCCUAUCCGUGCGGAGUCUGCGGCCGCCGCUUCCGCGAGUCGGGGGCGCUGAAAACGCACCUGCGCAUUCACACGGGCGAGAAACCGUACUCCUGCUCCGAGUGCGGGAACUGCUUCAGGCACCUGGACGGCCUGCGCAAGCACCGGCGCACGCACACGGGGGAGAAGCCCUACGUGUGCGCCAUCUGUGGGAAGCGCCUGAGCCGCCUGCAGCACCUCAAGCACCACCAGCUCAUCCACACGGGCGAGAGGCCCUGCUGCUGCCCCUUCUGCAACCGCACCUUCAAAGAACCCGCCGCGCUCAGGAAGCACAUCCGCACGCACCGAGAGGAAGGAGGCCACAUGGGAAUCGGUCCCACGGAGGACACGGACCCGGACGCUCUGGAUGACAUCAACAACCUCCACCCUGCUGCUCCUUCCCCUCAGAUGAGGUUUGGAGAGUGGGGCGCCACAGAGGACGACGGCCCGGUUGUGGACUGUGUUUGAGCACCGAUCAACAUUUUUGGUAUAAAAUGUUAGGAUGUCCUUCUGUCACUAAUCUGCAAGUGUAAAAACGAAAGUCUGUCUUUCAACGGUUUGCUGCUCCGGGAUGUCUUCCCCCAAAAAAGUCAAAUGAAAUGCAGAGAAUAACUUUAGACUCAAAAUAUUCUGCUAAUACAUGAAUUAAGAGGGCAAACAGCAGCUCAUCAGUUUUAAUCUGAUUAAACUCCUGUUUGUUACAUUUAGGUGUGUUACUAAGGUGACAGACACACUUUUUUCCAAUAAUGUGCAACUUUUAUGUAGAUAAAACUUAAAAAUUAUCGCAGUUCUUAAAUCCAGUUGUAAGCAUGGUGGCGAAAGUAUCAUGAUUUGGUUUUAAACUCGUUAUAUCAGAGUAUUCUCUGGUUAAAUUUGAGGCUUGUUCUUCCAUCACGAAACCAAACCUACAAGAACAAGACAAAAAAGUUUAAAAGUGCAAAUGCUGUGUGAGACCUUAAGGUCUGUUCCAAAAACCUUUUACAAAAUGAAAAAACAAUAUUUUCCUAGAGAAAAAUAACACUGUCUCUGCAUUUUGUUUUACUUUUUAUUCAACAAAAAAACCACUGUUUCAUGUUUUCCUCUUAAUUCUUUGUAGAAGGAAAUGGUUUUAUCUCCUCAUUAAAGAAUUAAACCGCUUUUUAACAGCAAAGCUUUGUGAAUCGUUAAGCAGCAGCAUUUUGGAAUUGAAUGUUGGAGGAAUAAAAAGUGCCUUGACACAUUUUUUUAAGGCCACAGCUGCUGCUGUGUUCUCACUUUUUUCUAUUGGAGGAAGAGAAUGAAGGUCCGGCUUGUUCUCCAUUAGAAGAGAUGAGCUGCACCCCUAAUAUCUGCUGAUCAAAUUCUUUAAGGGUAAUUAAUAUUAGAAGUGAGUUUUAUUAUUAUUGUGUUAGUAGUCUUUUUUUUUUUGUAGAAAAUGUUUAUCAUUUACAUGUUGCAGCUCUCUGUAGUUGUGGAAAAGAGGGCUUAGUUCAAAUAUGUUUUAAACUAAGUUCAUAAAAUGGUUCAGGGUAUUAUUGUUACCCAUUUUUUGUUGUUUUUUAUUCUAAAACCUCUGGCCUCAAAAAAACAAAAUAAUCUUUAAUCUUUUUUUAUAUUUAAAUAAAGGUUUUACUGUUUCUAUUUUAAAGAUUUCUACGUUUUGAGACUUUGGCUGUGUCUGAAUUCACUCACUACUCCUCAGUUACUGCACCAUAUAGGGCCUUAACUAUUUUAUGUCUGGAUCUACGAUUUCAAAAUCUAUUGGCCUGGAAAUUUCCCAGAAGUCUCUGCAAAAAAAACUGUGUGCAUUUCUGCUCACUUGAUUAGCAAAUAUAAACCACAAUGCACUGCGUGUGAAAGAUGUGUCAUUUGAAACUGAAAACAAUUCAGGUUUUUAUAUUUGCCAAAAUAAAAACCUAAUAAAUACAACAAAUGUGAGAAUAUUCACUAAUCCACUGUGUUCUAAUGGUGAUGUCAUACUUGGUGUUUUAAAAAAAAGAGCAUAUGUCUGAAUUGCAUUCACUGGAUUGUCCAGGACUAUACUGUCUCGAGGUUAAAGAGUGGGGAGGGAAUUUAAGCACAGCCUUGUUAUUUUACUGUGAGUGAAAAUAUUCUUUUAAACUUUAAAUAAUCUGUUUUUCUCGGCUGCAGUUCACUUUCUACUCUCUUAAAUAGGAAAAUAUCCAUUUAGAUCCCACUUUAAAAAGUCAUUUUACUCUUUGGGUGGAAGCUAGUCUUUCUGGGAUCUAUAAGCAUCUUUUUUUGUGGAAGAUUUAUUUAGAACCUGACUGUAAAAACAGAAUCAAGUCAGAAAAAAAUGCAAAAGUCAGCAGUUCUGCUCAGAGGUUGCUCUUCCUGUCUGCUGAGCCCUCAUCUUCCUCACAGUAAGCUUCAGAUUUCUGUCUGUCAGUAAAUGUAAUCCAGAUGAAAGGAUCUGUCAAACUCUUUCUCCUCCCAAGCUUUUUCUGUUUCAAAAUGUGUACUGUUCUUUGUUUUAAAGAACAAAUGUGCUGAAAGAAAAUUAGCUGGAAAACAUGAGUGCAUGCACGUGCCCCCCCCCCCCCCCCCAUCUGUACAUAAUAAUGUAGUUUCAGUCUUUUUGGGGGGGUUGCAGCAGUGAAUGUGCUUUAAGAACUUAGUGUAAAUACAACUGGAAAAGAACCCCCCCCUGCCCCCCCCCUCCCCUCCAAUGAUGUGCUCUCCUCCACAGCACAAGCCCCCCCCAUGCCUGCUGUUUUAAAGUCUCCUGUAUUCCUGCUGUAAUUAUGAGCCUCGUCACUGAAACACUGUCAUGUGACACUCGACUUUUCUGUUCCUGUAUGUUUAGAAUGUGAACUUCCAGAAUUUUCUUUGCUCCUGAUAAAUCAUAUGUAUGACUUUUUAUUAUUGUCAUCCCUUUUUAAAUAAAACUGCAUGUAUGUUC